GCCGAGUAUAAAAAGCCAAAUUCAUAACGAAAUUCCUAUUAGUUUUAUGGCGGCAAGGAUACGUGAAACAUCUCUCUCUAUACAUGGAAAGUUAAUCAAAAGCAGCAAAACUGUAAUCAUCUCAAGACCAAACAGCAAAGAAAACGAUUUUUUUUUUGGAGAUGAAUGAGAGACCUUGAAAUAAGAAAAAACAACAACAACAACAAGUAACACCAAAACAAUGCUCUUCAUUUGCCAUCAUCGACGCUUGGAGGAAUUUUGCUAGCCAAGUUUUUCUUUCUCAUUUUUUUCAAUUACCCCAGCAAAAAAAAAACAACAACAAUAAUAGCAACAAUUAAAGGCAUUAUUUUACAACAACUACUGCUGUUGACAGUAUUGACAACAAUAAUAACAAUAGCAACAUCUCAAGCGGCUAUUGUCUCAAACGGAACAAUAAUUAGCCAAGUAGUAAUGCUGCCGCCACCGCCAAUACCACCAACAACCCAUAGCACGGCAAUGAGAAUUUCCACAACAUCGCCACCACCAGCUGAUAAUUCAAAACACCAACAAAGAAAACAGCAGCAACAACAACAACAACACAAUGAAUCUGCCUUUGUAUAUAGCCCAGCAGAUGAGGCCAAGCAGUCAUCCCCCACGGCAGUUAAGGCCAAUGCCACAAUGAAUGCCACCACCCAGCGUCUGAAAGCAAUACUGAACAGGACCCUGACGCAGGUUUCUUCUCCCUACAGCAACAACAACAAUAGUAAUAUCAACACAAGUAUAAGUGAUUAUACAGCUCAAUACUUUGGCUCAUCGGUGCUGGCAUCAGGUUCUCCCCAGCUAUCUCCACCACCAUUGCACCUCUCCUCGCCCGGCUCAUAUGGGUCGCAAGAUGAUGAUGAUGACUUCGUUUAUGGCCGCAUCAAUGAUGGCCGGGGUCUGGUGGGCAAUAUAAGUGAGGGAUUUGAUAGUUAUGCCACAGCUGUGGCAACACUGGCAGCAAAUGGCACUGCCAAUCAUUUGGAGGCAACAACGGCAGCAACAACAGCAGCGGCAGCCGUGUCGGCAUUUCCCACCGCCACCCAAACGGUGGCCACUUUUAUGGCGGGCAAUAAAAAUCGGGCCACAACAAUUAUUGUUUAUCCGACAGUGUCACCGGAAUCCAUUGUGAUACCCAUUGUGUCGUGCAUUUUUGGUUUUCCCAUUUUGGCAUUCAUUGUCAUCUGCUGUUUGCGUCAUCGUGCCAAAAUGGCCCGGGAACGAGAUCGCCGCCGCAAUUACGACAUGCAGGACCAUGCUGUCAGCCUGGUCAGAUUUAGUCCAAUACAUAGGCUUAAUUACCGAUCGUCGAGAGCUAUCAGUUUACGUCCUGAACGAAGCUUGAGCCAGGGUUUCACCUCUCUAGAAUUAGACACAGUUGUGGAGGAGCGCUGCAGUGAUGUUGAACAGACCCAAACGGAAAUUCUUCACCCCGAAUCACCCAUGGAGUCGUCAACAUCGUAUAAAAUGUCCCUGUCCAGUAGCUAG